AUGUUGGUUGAAGAAGUCCCCAAAUCCAGUGGCGCAAAUGCAUCUACGAUAUAUUUCAGCUCGUCUAUAAAUCACACAGCAAGGCUGAUGGGUCCAAGACGUCGUAACGAUGAAGGGGGUGAAGGGCCACCAAAUAAAAAAGGAAGAACAAAAGUCAAUUACAAUUUAAACCAAUUAUUCAAUGCACAAACUCAAGCCAAUAACGAUAGUAAGAACAUCGGUCCGUCAAAAUCAGCCCAACAAAUACAAUUAGAAAGGGUAGUACAAAAGAGGUUGGUGGAGUUGAAUCAAGAAUCAUCUACCAAAGGUUUCGAGUUGCCUAAAAAUUUCGCAUACACUAGUAUACACUCCACUAGGGAUAAUAGAAACAACUCACAAAAGUCGAGACAAGGAAAUACCGCAGCUACGAAAAGGAUAUUGGCAGCUCGAAGAAAUUUGAAUCUGUACUAUGAAGAAGAAAGAAACCUAAUAUCGAUCAACACAAUCCUUUCUUCGAACUUUCAGUUUUUUGACGUAAGUAACUCAAAAGAUUCCAAAACUAGAACUAUGGAAAGAUCAAGACCAAAGGUGAGACUAUGUUGUAUUUGUGGCACCAAGUCAAACUACUCAAGAUGCCCCCUUUGUGGGUUAUAUUUUUGUACUGUAAAGUGCAAUAAAUUGCAUCAAGAGCUGAGAUGUGCAUAA